GCGAGCGCACUUCGGCAGAGAAGCGGAAAGAUGGCGGCUGGUUCUGACGCUGCCAGCGGCCACGGAGCUCGCAGCUCCACCGCUGCCCUGGAAGCGUCUUUGGACCGGCGGUUUCAAGGAAUAUCCAACACUAUGGAGUCCAUCCAAGGGCUUUCAGCCUGGUGCAUCGAAAACAAGAAGCACCACAGUCUCGUCGUGCGCUACUGGAUGAAGUGGCUCAAGAAAUCUGACAACAAUCACCGCUUGAAUCUUUUCUACCUUGCCAAUGAUGUGAUACAAAACUGCAAAAGAAAGAAUGCUAUUGCCUUUCGUUCAGCCUUUGCAGAAAUCCUUCCAAGUGCUGCCCAUCUGAUCAAGGAUGCGAAGGUCCGUAAAUCAGUGGAAAGGAUCUUUUCAAUAUGGGAAGAGAGGAGUGUGUAUUCAGAGGAGCUCAUUUCCCAGUUCAAAGCCAGCCUGAAUAAAAAGGACAAGGAGCGAGAAAAGACAAAAGAAAAAGAAAAGGCAAAAGAAAAGGAGGCUUCCCUUCCAAAUGUUCCAGAAAAAGCUACCACUAAAGCUGCCCUCAAGUCUAAGAUUGUUGCAGAGUUCACUCCCCAGUCCCUCAUUGAACAGUUGUCACGGUACAAACGAAUAGUUUCAGAAGAGGCGUACAGAGAAAAACAGCUGACCACCCUUCGGGUAGAUGUCUGCAACACAGAGGCCCUCAAAAGACUGAAAGACAAAGCAGGAGGGAACAUGUUUGCAAAAGACUUUGAGGACAGCAGUCUGAAGCUGCAGGAGUUUGUCAACUUCCUGGAGAAAGAGUUGAAAACAGGGCCUCCUCUGCUGGAAGCUUUGGGAAAUGCAGACAUUUUCUAUGAAAUGCAGUACAAGGAAGUUAAGAUUGUGGCAAAUGCAUACAAUGCUUUUGCAAACCGGGUAGCUAGUCUUAAGAAGAAAUUGGAUUCCCUCAAGUCAACCCUUCCUGCACCAGAAGACUCUCCCAUCCCCUCACCCUCUGAAGAUGCCCCUUCCCCCACCGGGUCAGACUCACCCUUCAUGGGACUUGGGACUGCCAGAGCUAAGCUGGACCCAGACCUUGAUGGGAAGGCCAUGGAUGAAGGAGAAAUAGCCAGUGACAAUAUAGACACAGAGGAUGUGGAUAUGUCUGAUGAUGAGCCAAACUCUACUGAAACAUUGGAAGAUGACAAGAAAGAUAAGAUGCCCUCGACUGUGUCCAAGACAACAAAGUUGGUUGUGUCACCAAAGGUUCCAACCACACCCACCAAAGCUACGAAGAGUGGUGCUGCUAACACAGCCACCCCACUGACUCCCACCUCCACUACACCCACACAGAGUGCUCCCACCACUGCUCUGGGGGUCAAUCUGGCUAAAGUGGACCUCGGAAAGAUCAGUUCCAUUCUCAGCUCACUCACAUCUGCUAUGAAGAACACAGCUACCCCACCUCCUCGACCAACUCCUGGAACACCCACCACACCUUCCAGCCAAUCAGCGGUGUCCAAAGUGACCCCUCCAAGCCCCACACUUGCCAGCAUUCUGUCACGGGUUGAUAUCACACCUGAAGGCAUACUCAACGCUCUGUCUAAGACGAACACACCAGGAUUAUCUUCUCUCCUGCAAAGUGUGACAAACACUGUGUCUGCUGCUCCCACCCGAACUUCUCCAGAGUCAGCUGCAGUCAAAACUCCUCAAACUCCAACCACCCCCAAAACUAAGUCAACUCUAGGAAAUAGCCUGAAGCGAAACACACCUGGGAGAAACAGAGAUUGGGAGAAGGCGAGACAGAUGUCACCUCCUCCUCCACCCCCGCCACCCCGUUCCUCAGCUUCUUCUAUCGCUCCCCCCAGUCUAGAAUCAAAGAUCAACAGUUUCUUGCAGGGUAAUCCAAGUUUUAGUCUGGCUAUUGGUGAUAUCAGUCCUCUAGGGGGUGAUGGGGUGGAUGGAACGCCAGUGAGAGAUGAGGCUGCUGGCACCCCCACCCAAGAUGAGAUAAUGGACACACCUGGGAGUGUGUCAGAAUCUCUAGGGUCAUCUGGAGGUCAUACCCUCUCACCCACAGCAUACCGUAAUGAACCAUGGGAUGCAGUGAUCACCCCUUCAGGUAGCAACAGCAGUGGAGAUUUUGUAGGUUCCUCCUCUUCCCAGUAUGCCUCUGGGAAAAAAAGCACCUCGAAACUGAAGGAUGGUGAUGUGAGAAAGCAGACUACUGUUGCAUCAUUGCCCUGCAAUGAGACAUUGAAGGGUAAGAAAGAUGGACAGCACAUGAAGACAGUGGGAAAUAACAAAGUAGUAGGAGAGAGGAGACUCUCUGGGGGUUCUCGAAAAAUAAGCACUGGCUCAGAUGAAGGAGGUCUGACUGGGAAAAGAGAAGACAAGACGAAAGGUCCAGAGCUUGUUUCUCCAGUUGGGGAAGGGAAGGAAGAUCAGUAUCAUCGUAUUGAGACGCUGGUGUCACCCUGCACUGAAGGAGCACCCAUCCAGACUCUUGGCUACUCCAACCGCCCUCUUGCUGGAGAGCGAAUCAAGACGGUGGAGAGCAUCCGGGUGACUGGCAGAGGUCCUCGUCGAGGGGGAGGGGCUGGCAGUCGUUCGGGAAGUGCAAUGUGGUAUGAAGAGGAAGAAUAUAUGGAAGCUCAGCCUUCCUCACCCCUUGCUGUUCCCCCACCCCUUGAGAUUGGCAGAGGAGGCUCUGAGAACAUGGCUCCCUCUAUACAGCUGCCUCUUCAAUCACAUGUCCUUCUUCCACACCUUCACGGUCCUCCUCCCCCUCUUCCCCCCCUUCCUCCACAUCCUCCUGCCCAGCCUCAGUUCCAAAUGCCCUACCAUACUGAUAACAUUGGAGCCCCUCCUCCAUCACACCUCCACCAUCCUCCCCUGCUUCCACCCGCAUUCUUUAGCACUGCUCCACCAAUCCCUCGACCGCCCCCUCCUCCUCCACCCACCCUCCCCCCAAUGCCCUCUGCAGUCAUGGUGGGUGGAGUAAUGGUCCCUGUUGAAUGCCCCCUAUCCCUUCCUCCUUCAGUUAGACCUGAAGGUGCAGAGCAAAUGGGAAUUGCAGUAGGACCCAGAGGAGGGAAAGUACCCCCUCCUCCGCUCAUGACGUCAUUGCUGGGUGAGCCCCCAAAGCUGCCUCAUCCAUGCACAGCGAAAGAGGCUUUUAUGCCACGCCACGUACCCCCUCUUCACUGCCCAGGUACCCCUGGUGUUCCUCCACCCUUGCUAGGCAGAGUGAAGGAGCCUCUGAGUCUACCUCUUCCAUCACCCUCCACUACGCCAACUUCUGCAUCCUCCACAACUCCUCCCUCUACUCCUAAUUCCCCAGCAGUCGACACUGCCCCUGUUCGCACCUCUGCACCUGUUCUGUCUUCUGCCCCUCUCCUUCAGAAGCCCACCUUAAGUCCCCCAUCUGAGCCCUGCAACCAAACGGCUAAUCCUGUUCCUCUCCUUGACCUGCCUACUUCCAGGCCCCCAAUCCUCCCCACCCCACCAAGACCUCUGCUGCAAGGCCGGCCCUCCAAUUCACACUUUAACCGAGAUUUCAACGUACGAGGUUUUCGUGGGGGCAAGCGGCCUGGUCCUCCAUUCACAGGUGGUCCCUUCCAUAAAUCAAAGAGACCCUUCCUACCGCCGCGCUACUGAAGUGGUCAUUGAUGGCAUGCUGAAUGAGAAGUGCAAGCCACACAUUCUGCUAAAUCUAGCACUGAGUGUGUUAGGCCUGCUGGUAUGAGCCUAGAUAUCUUAACUGUUUAGUUGCUUGAAUUAAAAUGACCUUGAGUUGUGUGUGUAAAUAGCUGAUUUAAUCUUGCACUGUACAGUGUAGUAACAAGUUAGUUACAGAGUGCCGUAUUACCAGCCCGAAAUCUACUCCUUUGUUCCAUCACUGCAAACACAAGCUAUUAAACUUUUCUAGUUCUAGGACCUAGAGUGGCAUAACCCUUGGGAGAAUACACAAAUAGUUCAAACAGAAUAGAAACUAUACAUUUGAUAAUAUUUAAAUUGCCUUUCUGUGGUGUGUGUGUGUGUGUGUGUGUGUGUGUGUGUGUUUGGGGGGGGUACCUUUCUCAAGAGAGAGCAAGAGAGAAUGGUUUGGGUCUUGUAGGCUACAGAGAAAAGUUAAAAUAGUUACUUUGUGAAAGUAGAUGGUGCCCAAAGUUCCAGUAACCUAUUGAGUGUAUCUUUACAUCUCUCCUGAAUUCUCACUUUAAAUAAGGUUUGAGUUACAACUGAUUUCAAGAGGAGUCUUUGUUCUCUUUUUUCGAGUACCUGUUGUAAAUAAUGCGCUUCUUCUCUUGCUAAGUAUUUUCCACACUUUUACCCCUCCCAUUGUAUAUAAGCUUGUAAAUGUAAAGACUGACUGAAAUGAUGCAUCUGUUUCUCUUCAAGCUGUUGUUUCUGCAAACAAGGAAAGUGAUUGUCACUCACCCACCCCGUCUUUACUGUGAUUGGACACAGCUUUAAUUCCAGAAGAAUUUCUCUCCAAUAUCUGUUGCGUCUUUCUCUCCUUCUGUUGAAGCCACCAGAUAGAGGAGGAGAGCGGAUAUAAUUGUGGUUUGUUUCCAAAAGAAAUGCCUACCUGUGCGCGCUUCAGGUUAGAAUCAUGAAGAUACUCGGGUGUAGGAUAAAGGAGGAUUUUCAGCUUGAAACACUCUUGCUAGGUGUCUAUGUACUGACUUGAAUAAAACCCAGCAUUUCAAUCCAACUGGGGGGGAGGCAUUUUAUUAUUCAAUCACAAUUAAUGGCUUGAACUGCGUGGUUAUUGUCGCUGUCAGUCCCAAGCCAGCUCCACCCCCCCCCCCCCCAAUUUAAGAUGAUAAUUCUGCUUGUUUUCUCACAUUAAUCUACACAGCUGCCAUUUUCUUUGAGUACAGUUUACACCUCAUUUCUUUUUUUUUCCACAUUUCAUAGUUCUGCUUUAUACAUUUGGCAGUUCUUCCACAAACUAUAGCGAUCAGUAUGAUGACCUCUACAGUUGGUAGAAUUGUUUUUGAAAAUUAUUAAUUUAAAUGCAUAUUAUUUAGGUCCCCACCUUUGUCUUUAUCUUCAUUAUUUUGCUCUGAGGCCUUUGUGCUUACAUUGUGCUUGUCCAUGUGCAUUUGUCCAGCAAAUGCUUCUACACCUCUUAUCACUAAUGGAGGAGAGGGGGAAAAAGAUUUUUACCUUGCCAGAGAUAGUCCUUUCUACUUUUGGAGGGACUGCAGCCAUAAUGCUUCAUUCUGUCUAAAGCAUCCAGUACAGCAGGUUGAGUGAUGCUGCUAAAACAUUUCUCGUUACAUCAUGAAAUGCGUCUUCUGUGCAUUGUCUAAUUCCCAAGUUAAAAAAACACACACACAAACAAGUUGCUGCAUAUAUUUUAAAAAUGUAAUGGCAGUGAACAUAUUUAUCUGUACAAUGUUGGUUCAACGUUAGCUCUGUUUUACUGAACCCCGCAGAUGUCUGUUACCACCCUCUGCAACCUGUGCAUCAUUUAUGGGACAGUUCAUCUCACAUCUCUUUGGUGUAUUAAUGUACAUCAAGAAGCUCAGAUUUAAUGGCUGUAUGCUUUUCCGUGCAUGCUUAGAGUUGUAAAUGGCGUCCCGCUUUGUUCUCUUCAAGACGAUUCUGACAAAUUAAUUUUUGAAACUAUCUGCAGAUGUUAGUAAGCUGAAGAUGAGUGAAUAUUGCUGUACUCCUCAAUGAUGCUGCGUCAGUG